CCUUGCAUUUCUGUCACAAGUAUUUCUUGCUCUCUGAGUGUGAAAACAACUUCUCCAAAUAUCUACAAACCUUUUACCAACAAUGAUUGCUUGGAUCUUUCUGUCAGCCGCUCUCUGCUCACAAGCAUGGGGACUUAAGUACACAGACUGUGGUUCUAAAACGGGAAAAGUGCUUGAUGUUCAAAUGACUGGAUGUGAAGAAUCUGAUGUUUGUGAGCUCAAACGAGGGGAAACUUACACCUACACAAUUUUAUUUGAAUCUUUGACGGACAGCGAAAGCGCAAGAACGGUUGUACAUGGAACUGUGAAUGGAAUAUCUAUGCCCUACCCUGUACCGAAUCCAGAUGCUUGCGAGAGUGGAAAUCUAGAUUGUCCUUUGGAAACCGGCAAACAGUAUUCGUAUUUGAGAGAAGUUGAAAUCCGUAACACUUAUCCCACAAUGAAAGCUGAUGUGAAAUAUGAAUUGCGAGAUGCGAAGAAAGAAAAUCUUGUUUGCGUUACCUUCCCGGUGAAAAUUGUCUAAUUAGUGAUAUGAAGAAAGAAUUGACAAUUCACGUGAGAAUUCUAAAUCAGUGGCAAAUUUUGUAAAGAUUUUGAAAUAAACUUUUCUAUCGUAUUCUUAA